ACGAAGCUUCCCCACACCCCCCGACAACCAACCACUCCACUUUUCUCUGCCCUUUUACCACUCUUUAUAAUCCAAGUCCAACCCUUUCAUAUGUCAAACUCCACAGUCCAUACUACGAAAUUACUUCUCUCUAUACCAAUCUAAGCGAUUCACUCUUCCAAAGUCCAAUGGCCUCUAUGAGAAAUCUAAAGAGGAAGUCACCUGAAAAUGGAGCUCUUGUUUUUCCACUGGAUAAACUUAAUCAAGAUCUUCUUGAAAGAGUUCUUUCGCGGCUACCAACUUCAACUUUUCUUCGAUUAGCCUCUGUAUGCAAGAGAUGGAAAUCUGCUGCUACUUCCCCUGCUUUCCACCAUGCUUGCUCUCAAGUCCCAUCAAGAGAACCUUGGUUCUACAUGGUUGAUUCUUCACAAUCAUCCCAUUUCAAGAAUCAACAACACUUUGUCUAUGAUUCUUCUGAAAUGAACUGGAAAUUCUUCACCUAUCCAUCUAAUUUUCUCAAAGAAAAACAACAAAAUGAGUCGAAUUUCCUUCCUGUUGCUGCUUCUGCUGGACUCCUCUGUUUGUAUAACGGCGAUAAGGGUGAAUUCACUAUCUUUAACCCUGUUACUUCCUCGUGUCGUAAGCUUCCUUCAUUGGAUUAUUCAGAUACCCUUUGUGCCAUUGGGAUGAUUUCCUCUCAGGAAUCAUACAAACUCUUCUUGAUUUUCGGAGAGAUUCCGAAUCUUUCCUUCAGAGUAUACAAUUCCACGACAGGUAGCUGGGAAGACUCUGCAAUAUUGAGCAAAAAAUCUCCUAGCUACCCUGCAGCUCAAUCGUGCAGUACUGACGAUGAUGAUGAAGAAGAAGACGAUGAUCAAAUGUUCUAUUUCUUGAGUAAAUGUGGGAAUGUAGUAGCAACGGAAAUUCAAAAAAACCCAUGUAAGCAAUACUCUUCAAUAACCACCACCACGAAAGGCGGCAAUGGCCAAGAAAUUCUCUGUUUCUUGAACUCUUCAGGGAAAGUGGUUGCUUGCAAUCUUACUGAAAAGAACUUUUUCGAGUACCAAAGAUUGCUCCCACUUCAUCAAGAAUACUCAAUCGACUUAGUUGAAUGUGGAGGGGAGUUGUUUACGGUUGUGCUGUCUGAAUUCCUUGAAACAGCAAGCCUCAGAGUAUGGAAAUUUGAUGAAAAAGAAUGGAUUUGGAAUCAGGUGUUAGCAAUGCCAGCAGCAAUUUCUCAUGAAUUUUAUGGCAAGAAAGUGGAUAUCAACUGCACUGGAGGAGGAACUGGUGAACACAUGCUUGUCUGCAUUUCCUGUGCUGAUGAUGAGAGUUGUAGGUAUUUCUUGUGCAGAUUGGAUGGAAAUGAGUGGACUGAAUUGCCUGCUUGUAGUAGUGGAGUUGAUGGCUAUUCCAGGAAAUUCAGUUGCGCAUUCUCUUUUCAGCCUAGGAUUGAAGCUUCUGCGUGAGAGAACAAAGCUAAACGACAGCUCGGUCCACUAGGCUCACGCUAUGUGCAGCAUCAUCCCAUAAGGACCAGACCACAGAGUAACUUUACCAAGGCUCCUCUUCAAAGUUAAUAAUAAGAAAUUAUUCGAUUUGACAAGAAGGAAAAUGUAGUGGGAUUCUUCAUUCCUUUUUUUUCCCUAGUUGUUGUACUUUUCACUUUAUUUUUUUAGGAUAUUUUUCUUGUUACUUUGGAAUAAUUCACUAUAGUUUGUAUAAUAUUUUUCUGUUUUUCUUUUAAAUGAAUUGAUAUUAUUGCUGAAAA